CUACUCAAACCAUCACUUGUAAAAAUUGCAACCUGUCAUGUAAAAUUUGGGAGCUUAUUAAGGCGAUAGGAGAGAGUUUGAAGUCAUUGGUGUGUUCACACAGCACGUGUUAACAUCUCCUAACCUACUGUCUACUUCCUACAGUGUCGAGGACUACACCUACACGGAUAUCUACUAUCAUGUUACUGUUGCAGGGAAAUCACUACCCCACACCUUCCUCGUCCUUACCCUCGGGCAUGUACGAGGAGGAUCUUAUCACCCAGAGGGCCAGGGCCUUUCCCCUGGGACAUGGACUCAUGCCCACCCCACAAGCUUUUUCCUUUGGAUUUCCCGUCCAUCCAGCUCAUGAUCCUAUGGGACUCCAAGGUCAGAGCCAACAGUUUGGAGGAUACCCGCCUCUCUCCUCUCACGUGGAUCACAAGCGUAUGCUCGGGGGCCCGGGCCAGGCAGACGCCUCCGACAAGAACAUCAAGAUCAUCCUCGAGAAUAGCGAUCUAUGGUCCAAGUUCCACGGCAUCGGCACAGAGAUGAUCAUCACCAAGACCGGAAGGCGAAUGUUUCCCACACUGAAGGUUGGUCUAGAAGGCCUUGACCCUCACUCUAAGUACAUCCUGUUGGUGGAUAUAGUACCUGUCGACGACUGUCGCUACAAAUAUCACAACUCCGAGUGGGUCGUCACCGGAAAAGCAGAACCGCACAUGCCCGGCAGAUUGUACAUUCAUCCCGACUCCCCAGCUUCCGGCUCGCACUGGAUGAAACAGCCGCUGAAUUUCCAUAAACUCAAAUUGACCAACAACAACCUGGAUCAAAACGGACAUAUAAUUCUAAAUUCGAUGCACAAGUACCAAUCCCGGAUACACGUGGUCCAGGCUAACGACAUAUUUACCAUGAGAUGGAAUUCCUUCAACACAUACGCAUUCGAAGAGACCACCUUUAUCGCUGUCACUGCCUAUCAAAACGAACAGAUCACACAACUGAAGAUUGACAAUAACCCAUUUGCUAAGGGUUUCCGAGACAACGGAAUGGGCCGAAGGUACAACAUGGACCACCGGUUAAGUCUGAAGCGACCAGCCGACGAUGAAAACGUGUCUGACAUAGGAAAAGAAUCGAACUAUGCCAAAAAGAUGAAAACGGACGAUGAACUUAGCGACAGAAACUCCAGCUUGAACUCGUCAAAUCGCAUCAAAUCUGAAGACGAAAACGACCCAGUUUCUGACACCUCUGAUGACGUUCACAAUGAUACACCGGAAGGGGAUCUACCUUCGUGUCAAAUCGGCAGCAAGUCUUCAUCAGGAAUUUCGCCCGGCGCUCCAUCCCUCAGCAAGACGACCAGCCCCACACAACACAGUGCUUCUAACCAGCCGUCUACCCAGUGUCAGUACCUAGGAGUGGGCUCCAAGUCGUACGGAAGUCAGUGUAUGGGUAGUGAUCAGGUGUACUACCCUCACCAUAGUUCCGUCAACAGAGGAUCAACUAGCUCUUUCCUGCCCGUGUCCACCACCUCCAGUCUCCUCCAGCCUGUCGGCUCCUCCAACCUCCACGCCGUCAGUCCACAGAUGCAGGCGUGUCGUCUAUCUGGUCCGAGUAGUGACUGUGCUCUGAGGCAGUCGUCAAGUCACCUGUCGUCUGGUUCCCAUGGAUACGGUAUCCGUACGUCGCCCCCACAGCAUCCUUCGCUCCCGUCUUGUACCUACAUGCAGCCCUCACAAGCCUACACAUCACACCUCUCGCCAAACGUGCACAUGAUGAACAUGAACUUUCCUGGUCCAAUGGCAUGAGGUGGGCCUACUAAACAAUCUUUAUUGUACAUUUGGUAACCAUGCAGAGCCCCUAUGCGUCCUAUGACAGCGCCUAGUGAAUUAGGCCAAUGCCGGGCCUCGUGAGGACACGUCGUUAGGACAUAUAUACAAUGAUGCCAAAGUCAUUCCCCAUGUCGUGUCCAGCAGUGUGUAUGCUGUAUAAACCAAUGAAUUGCAAUGUGUGUUCAUAGACUUCACGCGUACAUGGUACCAUGUGACUACUGGUGACCCUACCGGGAUGUACACGAACUGCGUUCCUUUGGCCCUAAAGGACUCAGCUGAUCCUGUUAGUGGUCAGUGUGUUGGCUGGCCGAGGAAGGCCGGAAGGUGCAAGGCUUUAACUGUGACAGUGACACGUGUAAUGAUACAGAGACAGGAUGUUGUGAUUCGGUUGUAUGUAUGGAGUCCACGGUUCUGUUUACUCAUUUAAAUGUCUCAGUUUUGUUUUUGUUAUAGAAACCUCAUACGUAUUUGUUUGAUGCAUGCGUCAAAAGAUGUACAGUUUCAUAAUCUGAACCGGAAACGGAAAUAUAAAUAUAUAUAUAUACAUACAAUAUUGCGUAGGCAAUCAAAUCGUUUCGCUUAGGUUCCUGUUGAUAGUGUAUUUGUUUGAUGACUCUGAUAUGGUGCUAUACAAUGCCGCUGUCUUGUCAUUGUAAUUACAACUCAAACAUGCAUCACAAUAUCACUCUUAUUUUAUUAAAUUAUU